AUGAAGGCUUCCAGUAUACAGCGUUUAGCUGUAAUCACACGAAGUUGCCAUAAGAGGACUUUCACUACACACUCAGCUCUGCUCCAAAAGAUUCAGCCUCUCGUUCACGAACAGAACCCUAUUCCAGACUACCUCAACUUUCAACAGAAACACACCCACCAUAACGAGCUCAUAAGAGAAAUUUUUGACAACCCUGUUAAGUGGAAGGAGUUCAACAAGUCCUUUAUUCCACAUACAAAGGUGUCACUUACAGGAAAGACAUAUAUACCCCAAGUUGAAGGUUCCAUUGGCCUAUUCCAGAACCCGUAUUUAACCUCACCAGAAGGACUACUGGAGUUUUGUGAAAAGUCACUGUCGGCCGCCAAGAACCUAGUAUCUCAUGUCAUUAUAGAUGAUAGUGAGCAGGGAAAGCUAAAUUACAUUCGUAAUUUGGACCGACUAAGUGAUACUUUGUGCCGAGUGAUAGAUCUAGCUGAGUUUAUCAGAGUUGCUCAUCCGGAUGAGUACUUCGUUGAAGCAGCUCAAAAAUGUCAUGAAAUAAUGUUUGAGUACAUGAAUGUCCUGAACACUACCAGUGAUUUGUUUAACAAGUUGGAAUCAGUUUUGGGCGAUGAAAAGAUUAUAGCAAAACUGUCGCCGGAAGAGAUUAGUGUUGGAAACUUGCUUCUGACAGAUUUCUUGAAAUCAGGUAUCAGCAUGGACGAUAGUACCAAAGACAACUUUAUUCAACUCAGUCAAUUAAUUUCCAUGAAUGGGCAGCAGUUCAACAAGAACCUUCAUGAAUUAGAACAUGAUUCGAUUAAGGUGGAUAAGAAGGAGUUAACCUCUUACGAUUCGUCGACAGAAAAUUCUCUUAUUUACUCUCUGUCUAACAAGAAGAAGAUACCACUGAACAGUCGGGUCUCAACUGAUAUCUUGAGACUAACCAACAACGAAUCACUGAGAAAGAAAAUAUGGUUGGGACUACAUCAGCCAGCGAAAGGUCAAAUCACAUUGUUGGAAAACUUUCUAAAAUAUCGUGGACUGUUGGCCCAUUUCAUGGGUAAGAGCAGCUUUGCAGAAUAUCAACUAAGUGAAAAGAUGGCCAAAACUCCUGAAAAUGUUAUGACCUUCCUGAAAAAGAACUUGAAAGAUAUCGAAGAGGAUGUCAUCUCUGAGCUCAGAACACUGAUAAAGUUUAAAGUUGAAAAUUCCGAUAAACUAUCCGAUGAGCAAGUUAUUGAAAUGGUGAAACCCUGGGAUAGAGACUACCUUACCACGCUAUAUCUGUCAAGUAAAAGAUCUUCUAAUACGGAGGAUAUAUCCCAGUAUCUUUCCGUAGGAGUUGUACUUCAAGGUUUGUCUGAUCUUUUCCAGUCGAUAUAUGGUAUCCAAUUUAAAGCUGUUCCGCUGAAACCAGGUGAGGCAUGGCAUAAUGGUGUUCGAAAGUUUCAUGUCACCAGUGAAACAGAAGGAUUUGUAGGUAUAAUCUACCUGGAUUUAUUCCAUAGGGAGUCGAAGACGCUAAAUCCUGCGCAUUUCACGGUGUGCUGUUCAAGAAAGAUUUACCCCGAAGAACUAGACGAAAACGAUCCUUUCAAAGUUGAAAUUCCAGGCAAAGAGGGGCAAUUGGUUCAGGUUAGUACUGCUCCUGAUGGAACCACGAGCCAGCUACCAGUGAUCUCCCUGGUGUGCUCCUUCAACCAAGAGGAAGGAGGUGUUUCUCUUCUAUCACUUUCACAAGUGGAAACGCUUUUCCAUGAGAUGGGGCACGCAAUGCACUCCAUGCUAGGGAAGACAAAACUUCACAACGUCAGUGGAACCAGAUGUGCCACUGAUUUUGUAGAAUUGCCCUCCAUUUUGAUGGAACAUUUUGCCAAUGAUACCAGAGUUUUGAUGAGUUUUGCAAAACAUUACAGGACCAACGAGCCAUUACCAUUAAAACUACUACAAAACUAUUCAUGUUUCAACUCUUUUCUGAAUAAUUGUGAGACUUUUGGCCAAAUAAAAAUGGCCAUACUGGACCAAGUUUUGCAUUCCAAUGUGGUAUUCGAUAAAGAUUUUGAUUCCAUUGACCUUUACCACAAAUUAGAGACUCAAUUGAAGAUAUUUGCAGACACUGAAUCAAAGUGGCCCGGAAAGUUUGGACAUUUAUUUUCCUACGGUGCUGUCUACUACUCUUAUCUCUUCGAUAGAGCCAUUGCCAAGAAGAUUUGGGAGCAUUUGUUUGCUAAAGAUCCUCUUAGCAGAGAAAAUGGAGAAAAAUUCAGAAACAAAGUCCUCAAAUGGGGAGGGUCCAGGGAUCCUUGGGAAUUAGUCGCCGAUGUUCUAGACGAACCAGAGUUAAAGAAAGGAGAUAUCAAGGCGAUGGAAUUUAUUGGGCGCAGGUAG